AUGAUUAGAAAUGUGCAUACUUUGGACUAUAAUAGUUUGGAAUAUUUCAUAGGUGUAUAUAAUCAAUAUUAUCAGUUAAGAGAGUCUAAUGAUGAAGAUACAAUCAAGUUACGAGCAAUGUAUGUCCAGUUCUUUGCAGAUUAUCAUAAAUCUAAAUAUAAUCACUAUAUAGAUGUUAGCGGGUAUAUCGAAUUUAUUGUCGAUGUAUUCUAUGAUCCUUCGAUUGAAGUAUUCAAACGGAUUCUAUCGAUAAGACCAAUCGUCUAUAAACCAACAACAGAGGAAAUAGUAAGACAUAUUACAAAUGAUAAAAGAUUAAAGGAUUGGUUUAAGAACAUGGAGAAAUCAGAUAUUAAUCAAUUGAAAUACAGGAUCAAAAGUUAUAAAUCUACAUUCAUAGAGUAUUUAGGUAAAAAUAAACAACCUACAUUCGAUUAUGAUAACUUUUAUAAGUUGGUCAAUGAUGGUUGUGAUUUAGUUUAUAAAGGUGAAGAACAACAUGAUCAUCAGCCAAAACAAUCCGAUACUUUGGAAACAACGAGUACAUUUAGUGAUAUCAUUGUAGAACAGAUUAUUUCCUAUUCACUAAAAUCCAACGGUCAUGAUGGAGAAAGAUAUCAAAUCGUUAAGAACAGAGUGUUAAUCGAUAACAUUCCAUAUGCUGGUAUCAGAAUAGUUGAACUGGCAACAGUAUCUAAACAAUUCUUUAAGAUUGUUUCUAAACUCAUAAACAACAGUUAUUUCUAUUGGAAUGGUCGUUUCGAUUUGAACAAUCAGUAUUGUUUAAUUAGAUCACCACCUCUCUACUUUGAAUACGAGUCUAUCCGAAAUAUUCAAUAUAGACAAUCUGCUAUUGACAAUGUCCAUCUACUGAUGUCAAGAGUGGAGACAUUCUACUUGGAAUCCGAUGAAAAAGAUAUAUGGGUAACAGGUUGUGGUGAGACGAGCUCUAGGGAUUAUUUUACCAGUUCGUUUGAAGAUAAACAAUAUCGAAUGUGUGUUGAAUAUCAAGGUUAUUUGGUGUAUCCGCCAGCAACGCCAAAUCUAAAGAAUAUAAUUGUCACAGAGAGCUAUGCAUUAGGUGAACAAAACAAACUGUUGGAACACAUCUUCAAAUCGACACCCAACGGCAAUGGCUAUGGAAUCGAACACUUUACUAUUACAUUAUUUAAGAAUUUCGAAAACUUUCCAAUGUACAAUGAUAUCAACUUUUUAACAACCCUGAUAGAACUACAUGGUCCAACAUUAAAAUCAAUUCAUCUACAUUACGAUCAACUUGAAGAUGCCGAUAUGACAGUUCUUAUGGAAUUCCUUCGCAAAAAACUUUCUUGUUUUAAAGAAAAUGGUAUUUUGUUUGACUUGACAAACACAGGUAGUCUCUCUUUAAAACAUCAUUGUACUAAAGAUAAUCCAAUCCAUCAAUUUUUAGUCGACCAAGAGAAACUAUUUACAUCAGAUUAUCAAAUAGAUAAUCCAGCUGAUAAAUAUGAUUAUCGAGUUUAUAUUUAUAAAGAAAAAUUAAAAUGUAGAUUAAAAGAAUAA